AUGGUUAAGUGCCUUAAUAGCAACCUGUCGUAUGGUUCCGGGGCGCAGCAGCUAGAUGCGCUAUCGGAGCAGUUUGAACAGCUGAGCCAGGAGAACACGUUCCUGAGAGGCAAGCUCAAGCUCUUAGAGCGCGUCCUGCCUUACAGGUCCUCCCAUGUGGGCUUCUUGACGGCCGUCAGAAACGUUGUUGCCAGUGCUUGUGGGGCCGGGCAUGUGUUGAUGGCGGCGGCACAGGGGCCACACGUGCGACUUCCAGAGGUGUCUCCUUCGGGUGGCAGUGACGGUGGCGGCAGCAGGGAAGACGGCAGCAGCUGCAAGAACAGAGGCUAUGAGCCUGGCUGGCGAUCGCCGGCAGCUGACAGACCCGUGGGUCACUCGGCGGCUGGGUCAUUGGGAUCCUGGGCGACAGCAGCAGAGGUGAAACCGCUGCCGGGGCUCCCUAUCGCACUGGCACUGUGUCCGGGACCUGAUGGUGAAGCACCCACCAUCACGCCGGAGGCUGUCGAGCAACUCAAGAAGGUUACACCCCGGGAGUUUCAGUUGCUGUACAAGCACUGUAUCCAGCAGUUGGCGGUCCUUGGUGUGGCUGCGGAGGUACACGGGCCGAGCAGCACACAACAAGCUCGCCUCGAGCGCUUUUUGGAGCGAAUCUUCGUCUACAUGGACCAGGUGGUUCUGCUGUCUCCCAACUGCUUCGUACAGAGCAUGUACGUCAACUUGGAAACAGGGCAGCAUGAACGGCCUCCCGAUGAAUUUUGGUGCGCAUUAGGCGCAUCACUCAACCUCACCCCGCAGCAGCUCGAGGAAGUGCUCAUGGCCCGGGAUAUGCACGAGAUGAACGUGGCCCCCGUGGCGGAGGAGCGUGUACGGCUCACUUCAGAGUUGUCCGCCAGCCUCUCCGCAGCCUUGAGCCAGCACCCCGUCAGUAGCAGUGACGUCAUCCAGACGUUGUCUGAGGUUGAUGAGGUGGCGGAAAGGCUCAGGCGCAAUGUCAUCCGCGAGCAUCAGGCCCAGAUGGACGUGGGGGACUUCUUGUGCAUGGGUGUGCUGUCCCCAGUCCAGGUGGCACGUAUCAUGGCAGCAUCAUAUCCGUACAUACCGGACGGAGUUGCAGUACUGCACGCGUGUGGUGUUGGCAGAGGCGGAGCCAGUCAGCCAGCUGCCCCUCACGCAGCCGUUGCGGUGUACAGCGCUGAGCUACCAAAGCUCUAA